UCAUAACAUAAAAGUACGUUAGCUUGCGAUAUAGAAAUUCGUCGACAUUGCACCAGUGACCUCGCCAACUGGUUCGCUUUGUAACUCUGCAGGGUCGUUUUAUUUCAUAUUCUCACGCAAAUUUUCAAGGAUUAUUGUAAAUAUGGCAACAAACGCUGCAAAAGCUGUUUUAAAACAGGGUAGAAGUGUUCUGUUAAUAUGUGACGUUCAAGAGAAAUUCGCUAAGGCUAUGUUCGAAUUUGAUAAAAUCACACAAAACUCGGUGAAAUUGAUAAAUGCAUUGAAGCUUCUAAACGUUCCUAUAAUCGUUUCUGAGCAAAAUCCAAAGGCUCUAGGUAAAACCAUUUCCCAAUUUGAUAUUUCUGGUGCCAAAGGGCCAUUUGAAAAGACUCAAUUUAGCAUGUGUAUUCCUGAAAUAAACAAGGAACUUUCUACAAUUUGUGCUGGUCAAAAACCAGAUUCAGUUAUUCUUAUUGGUCUUGAAACCCAUGUAUGCAUAGAGAAUACAGCAAUCGACUUAAGACAAGAUGGAUAUGAAGUGCACACCGUUGCAGACUGCUGUACUUCUCGUACUCAAGAAGAUAGAUUAUUGGCCUUACAGAGGAUGAGAGAAAUAGGGUGCCAUAUAGCUACUUCAGAAAAUGUUAUUUUCAAGUUACUAGCUGAUGCAAAACACAAGGAAUUCAAAAAUAUUCAAAGUUUGGUAAGAACACCAACGCAAUAUACUAACCUAGUCCCUCUUGCAAAGAUAUAAAUCACAAUGAUAAAUAUGUACCUGUGCAUAAUGAUAAAUAUAAAAUCCUCAAGACUAGUAGAAGAAAAUAUUUUUUAGAA